CGUCGGCUCACACGAGCGCCAAAAAGGCAGCAGCUCGGCAGCGCCAGCCGCCGCAGCCGCAGCAACCACCGCGACGGCAGCGACGUGAUUUCAAACGUCGACGUCGACUUGCCGCUGCCGCAUCGCACCGCAUCGCAAGAACGGUAAACCCUCGGGAAUCGGUCGCUCUUUUUUUGUUUUUUGUUUUUGGACUGCUUGUCGCCAUCCAUCGCCCGUCCGUCCGCCCACCGCCGCCGCCGCCUUCGUUGUUGCCGUUGUCGUUGUCGUUGUUGUUUCUGCCUCUCGCAUGUUCUCCUCUGCCUCUCCAUCCGCACUGCUCUGCGGCCCAUUCUAUUCUGUUUUUGCUGUUUUUGCUGGCCGCGCGUGUGGUUUUGCCGUCGCUAAAACGACAAAACGCCAGCAAGAGCCCCCGGAGAGCCCCAAACCGAACCGAACACCAAAUCACCUGAGCCCUGAGAAUCACAACAACACUCUUCAACCUUCCAUCCGCUAUGGUGCGAAUUUUUUAAGUUGUAUUCGUUUUUUUUUUGUUUUUUGUUGUUUUUGCUGUGAAAAUGAAAAAUAUGAGACAACAAAAUGUUCAAGAAAUAACUGUUAAGGCAGGGUGAACGCCCCAGAAGCCGGAAGGAGCAUUGUCGUGCAGCACACCUUCUAGGAAGAAGCAGUUGAGGAAUAGUGCAUCCCAGCACAAAAGCAGUUUGAGGAGUGCACACAUCCAGAAAGCAGUGUAAGAGGAAAGCAGUGUAGAAGUGCAGUUUGGGAAAACUGCAGCCUUACAGAAAGCAGUGGAAAAGGAUUGCACCCACAUAGAAAGCAGUUGAACAGGACACUGCACCCUCCACGAAAGCCGAGGCGGUCAGCAGUGCAGUGCAGUGCAGUGCACCCUCGCUGCCAGAAGCAAGAAGCAAAAAGCAGUUGAGGAUUUCACGUUCACCCCAAAACAGCAAUCCGUGCAGUGGGUUGGGGAGAGGGCUCUGCACCCACACAAUAACAGGAUCUAUGUGGUAUAUAUGUACAUACAAAUAUAAGUCGGGGACUCCCUCCACUCUGCAAACACACACACACAAAAGCAUUGCUGGCGCAUAAAAAAUGUCUACCCAGGGAAGUGUCGCCCAGCCCGAGCGAUGGUCGAUGGAGGGUGGGUGGUGGUGGUGCGGUACGGUAGGCAGGUCCAGUCCCGACUUUGUGUAGGGGUCGUUCCAGGGUAUUGGGUAAAUUGCUAACGGUUUGUUUCGGGGGUUAAAUACACACACAUAUACAGAGUGCGCGCUCCGCCCCUCGGCCAAAGGAUACGAUGUACAGAUGUCGGUGGGGAAUGGUAGGGCCACGCAUGGAGUGUAUCCUACCCCACCCCUACAUUCCCCUUGCGUAUGGGUGUGUGUGUGUGUCUCUGUCCCACUCGCUCUGCCACAAAAGUGUCGUCGUUUGUCGCUUGUCGCUCUGGUCCGAUGCUAGCCCUCCCCUCCCUCACUUCUCCUAGUAUCGGUCUCUCCCUUGCUCUGCUGACACUGCUUUUACUUCUACUACUUCUGAUUGUACUGCUUUUUGUGUCCUCUCUCCCUUGCACUGCUUAUUCUUUUGCGGCCGUGCGUCCGUGUCCUCUGCUCUUGUACUGCUUCUUCUCUUGGAUUGGUUUCGACCGCUUCAAAUGCGUUACGUUCGUUUUUUAUACUCCCUCCCCCCCCUCAUCAAAAUCCCCACCCACACCGCCACUCCAGCAAUGUGUGUAUGCGUGUGCGUGCGUGUGCGUAUUUGUUCUCGUUUCGAUUGGAUUACACUGGACCCCCUUCCCCAGCCCAUCCCACUCCCACUCCACCAACAACCAACGUUCCAUUCCGUUCCUCGAGGUUCGGGUCGUUCUUCUUUCUUUUUUCAUCGUUGUGUCCCCCAGCAUCUGUGGUAGCGCGCCCAAGCGACAGCGACAUUCAUCCAUCCCCCCUCCCACCCUCUCGGCCGUGAUCAAGCAAACGACGACGACGACGACGACAUUUCGUUUUUUGUGAUUCGUUUUCUGUGUUCUGUGCGUGUGUAUGUGUGUGUUUGUGUGAGAGUGACUCUGCUGGCGUGUCGGUGUGCGUUCUUUAAUAUUGUCGUCGAGUGUCAUUGGUCGGACGGCCAACCAAGCAGUCACAAGCAGCGCACAAAAAAAAAACCUUCGGUCGCACUGUUGCUGUCGCACGUUUUUCCCCCUCUGCUUCUUUUUAUUAGAACGAGCACUCCUCCCUCCCACCCUCCGGCUCCAUGUACCCCCUUCUGUACUGUCCUUCUGUUGUGGGUGUGUGUGUCCUGUCCUGUAGGGGCUUUUGAGGGGGCGUGUGCGCCCAAGUAGCCGAAUGAGUUUUUGAUUGUAUGUCGUCGUCGUCGUCGUCGUAGUCGUCGUUUGUCGUUGUCGUGUCGUCGGGUGCGGGUGCGGGUGUGUGUGUGUGAUAGAGAGAGAGAGAGAGAGAGAGAGCGCUGCUUUGGCUGCACAUGCAUGAGUGUGUGUGUGUGUUUGUGUGCGAGCGAGUGCAAAGUGCAUAAAAAUGGCGACAACGACAACGACGACAGCAGCGACUGGUGGCAGCAGCACUGGCAGCAGCGGCAGCACCACCACCAGGCGACGGACAGCGCGCAAAAAAUAUUUUGUGUCGUGCGGAUUUUAUAACCGUUUUUAAAAGCGGCGGCGUUGCCUGCCUCUGCCUGUCGUCGCAGAAACCAAAACGGACGGACGGACGGACGGACACUCAAAAAUUGUUGCAACAAAUUCGAACGCGAAAAAAUAGUGCACGUGCGUGUCCAAUUGAAUGUGAAACAAGAAGAGAGGCGCAAGGCAGCGCAACCAUAAAACCAUAAAAGAAACAAGAAAACAAGAAAUGAAAAGCAUUUACAAGAAAUUCCAGGCACCACAUGAACGCUUGAGAAUCAAAAAUAAAUAAAUAAUACCAAUAUGUUUUUUUCAGCUAAAAACUAAAACUAAAAAAACAAUAACUACACACACACACAAAAAGUGUUAAAUGAAAAUGUGAUCAAAAUGAACAAAAAUGAGCGAAAAUAACAACAAAGAAUGCCCAGAAGCAGCGUGGGCAGCAGCCGCGGAGAGAGAGGAGAGGCAAUAGAGAAAGCAGAACAGACAGAGCGAGCGAUUAAAAAUUAACAACAAAACAAAUCAAUUUCAAAUACAUAUUUUUUGUACAUAUAUGUGCAGGUGCAUUUACAAUAUACAUAUGUCAUAUGCAUGCAUGUGUACGUGUAUGUGUCUGUGAGAGCAACAUUGCAAUAAUUACAACAAGAGAAACAGAGAAGAGAAAAAUCCACUGCAUUUGCAACAACAAAGGAAAUCAAAAGAAAUCACUGUCGCAGAACCAACAAAAGAAGCAUCCUACACACACACACACACGGGCGAAACACACAGACAGAUCCCAGCACUGUCCAGCAGUUGGGAAGUAAAAGUCGGAUCACGGUUACGGUUACGGUUACGGUUACGGCUGCGGUUCUCUCUUCACAUCCAUUGCAUGGAAUUGGAAGGAGUUGAAAGACGGAGGAGGAGGAAUAGAGGAGGAGCAUCGUACCACAACGAAUCUAUAUGCAACUGCUAUACACAUCCUAUAUCUAGUCUACGAUAUUGUCAGAAAUAUACCGAUUAACUGUAGUUUGUAAGCCGCUUGAUGAAUAUUGGUCAGGAGAAGCAUCCGCACUUGCAUCCGCAUCCGCAGCAGCAACAGCAGCAGCAGCAUUCGCAUCCACAUCCGCAGACAAAACAGCAGCAGCAGCAGCAGUCACAUCCCCAGGUCAACAACAGUAUCAGUCGUCUCACAGAUCUUUCCAGUCCGCCGGCUCCUGGUAGUCCAUCGUCGGGGGCCAUCCCUAUCGACUAUCCCUAUCUGCUCGGCUACCGCCUGCCGCUGAACCACGGCCAUGAGAGACAUCCAGCGCACCACCAGAGUCACCACCACCAUCACCACCCCCACCACCAGCAUCAGCAUCCAUCGAUUGGCAAUCUUAGGCGCUCCAGCUCCCCCGUGCCCCUGCCCGUUCCGAUGGUGAUGACACCCAGUCGCCGCAGUUCGCCGCCUCUGCCGCUACCACUGACGUUGCCGCUGCGCCAUCCCCUGAACCUGAACCACAGCCACAACCACAACCACAGCCACAGCCACAACCACAACCACAAUACCCAUACCAAUGCGAGUGUGGGCGGGAGCCAUCAGUCUAUGAGCGCCCACUUCUCGUCGCUGGCCCACGCCCAGCUGCAUCUGCAGAGCCAGCUGCACCAGAAGCUCUCGGCGGCCAGCUACUUCCGCAAUCCCUCGCCCUCGCCGACGGACAACAACACGAACACCACCGGCAGCAACAGUCGGAACCACGCCGCCUGCUCCACGGCCCCAGCCUCGACGGCCGUGUCCCCGCCCGCCACGAGCAUGAGCAUGAGCACCGCCCAAAUGAAUCCGCUGAGCGAUCUGCAGAACAUGCAGCCCUUCGACUUUCGAAAAAUCAGCUCGGCCAGCCUGGGGGCCUUCUCCACGCCGCUGCCGCUGCCGCCCAGCCCCACCGAGUUCGUGCACCACCACCAGCAGCAUCUGCAGCAGCAGGCGGUGCAGCAGGCCGCCGUUCUGGCCCAGGCCCGGCGACGGAUCAGCGAGGCCAGCACUCCGGGGGAGAAGAGCGCCGCCGUGGCAGCUGCCGCUGCCGCGGCUGCAGCAGCGGCUGCCCAGAGCAAUCAGUUCUUUAGCGCCAUGGCCAUGGCGGGGCAUCCGUUGCCGUACCACCUGCCGCCGCCGCCGCCACCGCCGCCCCCACCGCAGCAGUCCUCGUCGCAGUCCUCGUCGUCCUCGCAGUCGCAGAGCAAUCAGACGGCGGGCGACCGCUCGGAGAUGGGUCAUGGCCAUGGCCAUAGUCACGGCCAUGGUCACGGACACAGUCACGGCCACGGUCACGGUCACGGCAACCAUUCGCCCAGUCAAAAUCACAGUCACCAGUAUCCGCAUCCGCACCAGCACCCACAUCCUCACCAGCAUCCACAUCCGCACCAGCAUUCGCAUCAGCAGCACUCGCACUCGCACCACCAAAAAUCAACCACCGGAGGAGGAGGUGGAGGUGGAGGAGGGGCAGAGGAAUCCUCGGGCAAGUCCUCGCGUCAUUUGGAUAAAGGCAGCAAUAGCUGUUCCUCCUCCACCGCCUCAGGAUCGGGCUCUGGUUCCGGCUCCGGAUCAGGCUCGGGCGGAUCUGGGGGCUCCGGCUCGAGCUCCCAGCGCAUGACUCGCCUGGCCCUGUCCUCCAACCUCCGCUCUGGCCGCAAGACGCACUCGCCCGGCGGUGGUGGUGGCGGUGGCGGCGGCAGCAAGCGCCAGUGGGGCUCAAUGCCGGCGAAUUUGGGGACGCAGUUCAUCAAUCCCGUGACCGGCAAGAAGCGGGUCCAGUGCAACGUCUGCCUGAAGACCUUCUGCGACAAGGGCGCCCUCAAGAUCCACUUCUCGGCGGUGCACCUGCGGGAGAUGCACAAGUGCACCGUCGACGGCUGCAGCAUGAUGUUCAGCUCGCGCAGGUCCCGGAACCGGCACAGCGCCAAUCCCAAUCCGAAGCUCCAUUCGCCGCAUCUGCGACGGAAGAUCUCGCCGCACGAUGGCCGGAGUGCCCAGCCGCAUCCGUUGCUGCUGCAGGCCCCCAACGGUAUUAUGGCGGGGCUGGCGCCCUUCGGCAGCUUCCCCCUGCUGACUCCGCCCCCCGAUCUGCGCCACCAUCCGGCAAUGGGCGGGGGAUCGGCCAUGGAUCUGAAGCACGGACAGGAGUAUCUGCAGCGUUCGUACAUGGAGAACGGGGGCAUGCUCGUGGGCGGACGCUUCGAGGGUCAGGGGCAGAGGCGCAAGGCGCUGGAGGUGGAGGCGGACGACGACGAGGAUGACGACGAGAUACUCGAGGUCGGCAUCCACAUGCCCGACGACGAUGAUGACGACGACGAUGGAGACGGGGAUGGGGAUGGCGAGGACGAUGACGACGAUCCCGAUGGCGAUGGCAUUGUGGUGGUGGGCGACGAGCUGGACAGCAUACCGGACAGGCCCGGCCAUGGCCACGACCAGGACUUCAUGCUGGACCAGGACCAGGACGAGAGCGUCUCCAGCCACAGUCACAGCCACAGCCACAGUCAAACCAAAGAGCAGCCCAGCCCGGGCAAGGGGACGGCAGACGGUCUGGAGGCCAUGGACGAGCAGCACGACGACUCGCCCAGCCAUGGCCAUGGCCAGAUCUCGGCCAGCAAGCGAAAGCGCAAGAGCCAGAACCCAGUGCGCUGCACGGUCCAGUCGGACGAGAACUCCUGCGAGAACUCCCUCGACUACGAUGUGGCCGCCGAUCUCUCCAUCAAGAAGAUUCGAUUGGGCGGCGCGACGGAUGGAGGAGUGGUGGCAGGAGCAGCAGGAGCAGGCGCCACAGCAAAAGGAGCGAGGGAGGAGCACGCUUCAUCAGCCAAAGAAACGGAAAUGGGGCUCACGAGCUCCAGCUCCAGCAGCGAGUCCACCAAGGCCAUCCCCUCGCCCCCACUCACGCCCUAUACGACGCCCGGCGAUGGGAGGCCACCCGUCAGCAUCAAGACGGAGCUGCCGGAUGAAACGGAGGCCGAUGCCGACACCGAGGCAGAAGCCGAGGCGGAGGCGGAAAAGGAUGCGGGAACCACGCUCGACCUCUCGCUGGCCUCGGCUGGCGGCGGGGCCAUCAAGCAGGAGCCGCUGGAGGAUCUGGCCCUUGGCUAUGAUAACGAUGAGAAUCGCUAUCUGCGCAUCAAGCAGGAGCUUCUCGGCACCGACGAGGUCCAGGACUGCAGCAGCAGGAUAAACAACAACAACAACAACAACGUGCUGACGGACACACCUGGCGGGGAUUUGCUCAAGGCGGCGGCGAUCAAUGGCGAGGACGAUGAGGAGGCGGCAUACCUGCACGAGGGGGAGACAGAACGCGAGACAGAGCCAGAGCCAGAACCGGAACCCGAACCGGAGCCAGAGCCGGAGCCGGAGGUGCCCAUUGACAAGGAGAACCCACUGAAGUGCACCGCCUGCGGGGAGAUCUUUCAGAAUCACUUCCACCUGAAGACGCACUACCAGAGCGUGCACCUGAAGCUCCACCACAAGUGCAACAUCGACGGCUGCAAUGCGGCAUUCCCCUCGAAGCGCAGCCGCGAUCGCCACAGCUCCAAUCUCAACCUGCACCGGAAGCUGCUCUCGACCAGCGAUGACCACGGCCACCUGCCGCCCGGCCCCUGCCCUGGCCCCGGCAGUGGCACCGGGGACUCGCUGCUGGAUCUCAUGAGCCUCAAUGUGAACCUCAACAACAACAAGGGUGGCGGCUUCGGCGGGUGCCCGCCCGUGGGAGUGCCCGGCAACAUUCAGGCGGAGAUACUGGCCCGCAUCUGUGCCGGGGCCCAUGCCCACGGGCUGAGUGUGCCGCUCUGUUUCGAGGCACUGCAGCAUCGCUUCGCUGUGGGUCACGGCCAUGGUCACGGGCACGGGCAGUCGCCCACAGCAUUCGGGGACGGCGGUCCGAACGCGAACGCCUUCAUGGGGAGCGGCGAUCCGAGGCUGUUGCUCAAUCAUGGCGGGAAUCCGUUGCUCUUUGCGGGAUUGCCGCGACUGCCACGCUUCCCACAGCUGGCGCCGCACAUGCUGGCCGCGGGUGCUGCUGCCGGCGGGCUGGGACCCUUCUGCAGACGCACCUCCUCCGACUCGAAUUCGCAGCACUCGAUCACGCCGCCGGUAUCGAAGGGCUCGCCCCAGCCCCAGUCCCAGUCGCAGUCCCAGUAUCUGCGGCCACGAUCCCGUUCUGGUUCGCCGGACUAUGAGAUGCAACAGCAGCAGCAGCCUGCGGCAGCAGCAGCAGCAGCAGCGGAGGAGCAGGAGGCGGGCCAGAGGCAGAGUCCCGAUCGCAUAUCAUGACCAUGUACCUCGUACUAUGCCAAGGCAUUGGCAUUUUAUCACUAAAAUCAACGAUCGACGAUCAACGAGCCGCCGCCGCCGACGCCACCGCCGCCGCCUUGGCCAAAAUCCCACGUCAUGCGCACUCACACACCCAAAACACACACAGAAUAUAUAUAUAUAUACAGUAUAUAUAUAGUAUAUUCGUUCAUGCAAUAUCAGGCUAAAACGUAGGACUACAGCAUUGCUCAUAAUUCACAUCGAUUAAAGGAGGGAGGUUGGGGUGCCCUGCCCUGCCCUGUCCUGCCCUGCCUGGCCGCUCAUAAUACAACAAAAUAUACAAUAUACAAUUUUACUAGGCUAAUGCUAAUAUAAAAUAUUAGAUGGAUCAACUAGCAUUUUUUUUCUAUACAUAUGAGUAUAUACACACACACACACACACACACGUAUAUGUAUGUAUAUGUAUGCGAGAGUCCCUUUUUUUUAAACUUGUAUUUAUAAAAUGGAUAAAAUGUUUGUUGUUUUAUGUACACAAGCGUCGACGUUGUAGAGAAUUGAUAAAUGAAUGGAAGGACGGACACGGGAAAUGGGAGAUGGUAAAAUAUCGAGAGAAUGUGGGAUACUUAUAUUAACAAGAAGUACUAAAUAAAUAAUUAACGAUUAUAUAUUGUUAGUGAUACUCGAUUAUGUAAGUACCGUUUAGCCACUAAGCCAGCGCCUAAUAAUUUUUUUUUUUUUUUUCGCUAUCGUAACUGAAUCCCUAAGUGUAUUUGUAUAUGAUAUAGAAACGAUGAUGAGUCAACGACGAAACGCUUGCUAGGAAGAAACCAACAAAAAAAAACUGAUUACUGAUUACUGAUUAGUGACUACCGAUCUAUGAUCACUGAUCUGAUACUAUCUGAUACAUCGCGAUGAUCCAAAACCGAACCGAACCGAAGUUGUGUUGUUUUCUUUUUAUCACAAAACCAAUCCUAAAGUAAUUAUAUAGUGAGUUAGUUAGUUCUGAAAACAGUAACCAGGCAAAUACCUUCAACUCAUAUUUAAGCUAUAUAUGUUUGCAAUAAAAUAUCAAUGAAAAAUCAUAAA